UUCGCCGCUCCAGCGCCUCCACCGCUUCCUCUCCUCGCCGCUCCAGCGCCCCGCCACCGACGCGCAACCAUGCCGUCGCGCCGCCGAGGAGCGUCGGGCUACCGCGGCGUCCACCAGCGCCCCAACGGCUGGUACUCCGUCGAGAUUCGGUCCGGCGACGUCCGGCUCGGCCUCGGUACGUUCGAGACCUCGUACGAGGCCGCACGCGCCUACGACGCGGCGGCGUGGCGCCUGGACAGGCCGCGCCAGCAGAUGAACUUCCAGGAUGUCCACACGCGCCAGCAGGCGCAGGACGUCGCCCCUCCGCCUCGCCUUAUCACGGACCAGGACCGUACGGAGCACGCUCGACGGCAGCGCCGCCUCCUCGUCGCCGAGGAGGACGAGCGGGCCAUGGCGGAGUGGCGCCGGCGCCACCCGGAGGACGUCGCCAACGAGGAAGCCUUCUGGGCAAGACGCCGCGAGGAGCAGACGGCAAAGCGCCGCGCGGAGCGGUUGGAUAGGUGUCGGCGGAAGGCCCUGGCGAUAUCGCAGUGCGAAAUCGCUCAAAAUGGUGGGCAGACAAUCUUUUCGUCUGAUGAUGACCGUUGGGAGGACAUGUGGCUCGAUACCUCGGACCAGACCAGCGAGAAUGGCGAUGAUGAUGAUGAUGAUGACCACGACUGGGAGUAGGCUGUAGUUGCACUAUCUAGUAUUUUUUUAUGUCGUUGCACCGUAGUUUUUUAAUCUAUCUAUGCUAUAGAACUAUGUAUCGCUUUUUAUCUAUGAAUUUUAUUUAUCGUUUUUAUUAAAAAAAAUGUACGCAAUGUUUAGCGCGCGUUGCAUUUUAGCGCGGCCGCUGGAGCUACGCGCGCGCUCAAUUUUAGCGCGGCCGCUGGCCACGCCAAACCAGGCGAAGGGCGCGCGGUAAAUGAGUUUUUAGCGCGCGGCGCGUUGCGCGGCCGUCGGAGAUGCUCUUAAGCGCCAGUUAGAGUUUUUUUUUUUGAGCAAAAAGCGUUAGUUAGAGUGCAUUUUGCUAACCGUCGCACACCUGCUCCACAGCACCAGUAUCUAAAUGGGACGGCCCAUGUAGGGUUUUUUCACCGGCUUUUUUAUUUUAUUUUUAUCAAAUUCGUGAAACUUUCCGCAUUUUUACCAAAUUUUAAAACAUUUUCAUUUAUUGUGAACCUUUCAUUUCAAAUCCAUGAACUUUUUCUCAAAUGCGUUAAUUUUUUGCGUGAACUCUUCCAGUGAUUAUUUUUCAAAUUUGUGAACAUUUCUUAAAUUUGUGAGUUUUCUUUUCCAAAUUUUGCGAAAUUUUAAUUUUUUUAAAGUUAUUUGAAAUUCGUAAAAAAAUCCCGCAAACUAUUUUUUAAACUCAUGAAAUUUUUCGUGUUUUUGAACUUUUCAAUUCAGUGAAAUUUUUUUGAACCCCGUGAUUUUUUUUAAUCUUGGAACUUUUUUUUUGAAUGACUGAACCUUUUUGAAUCUUGCGAACUUUUGUUGAACAUGUUUGCUACUCUUAUUUUCUAUAUUAUUGUGUAUGGCAAAGACCCAACCUGUAUUCUUUCAUUAUCCAUUUUUCAUAGGGAUUCCGGCUAUUGAAAUGAUUAAUUUCUUUUAAGCAUCAUUUUGGUAUCAUCUUGAUAUUAAUAUAUUCUCUUUGUUGAAAAAAAAAUA